UAGCUACAUCACAACAAAAUCGAACAAAACCAAGGGACGACAACUAAAUAAUAUCAAAAGUAUUAAAUUCUCUUACACACACGUACACGCACACGCACCCACAAAUACACAGGCAAGGCGAACAUAUGCACACACAUACACACACACACACACACCCACACACAGAGAGAAACUCCAUUCGGGACCGAGUCAAAAUUACAACGAAUAAGAUCCCAAGGAUCUCGUCGGGGAUUGGAAGUGCGUGACGCGUUUCAUCAAAUUUGGCUAUCAAGCAGUUUUUUCUUUUCUUUUUUGUGAUUUCGUCUUAAUUGUGAUUGUGAUUGUGUUUAUGGCAUGAGCCAUAGCCUAACAUACGGACUGGAAUAUUUAUGCGCAUAUAGGCUCACAUAUAUGCGGCAGCAUGCGUCAGACGCCGACACAAAAGUCCUCCCAGGACUGCUGGAAGUCCUCGACCGCAUAUGAAGGCAUCGAAAGGCAGCAUCAACGUCAAUGUGAAGGUUUCCUUGGCACUUUUCUAUCAAAAGGGCUGAAAACUAAUCAAUUAGUUGUUAAUACGGAUGAGAAAACUUUGCGUCCGAUUGCACGCUUGAAGGAACCGCGCGAUCUCUUCGCCCUGCCGAAAGACAAGGACAAUGACUGCUCACAGCAGGCCCCCAGAUGGCCCAUCGAAUGUCAGGUCAUCGAGGAGCGCAUCACACACAUUCCGUACGUGCCGGCCCAGCCAGAACCUCUCAAUACACCCACAGGCAAUGAGCUGAAGCCGCGACCCGUUGGCGAGGAGAACGGCAUUGUUGUCUUUACCUAUAGUCCCAUAAGUGCUGUAAACUAUGGAAUGGAAACGCAGACGACUAAGGCGGACGAGUCCAGCGACGAGUCAGACGAUUCCUCAGACUCGCCCAACGAGUCGACCCCUCCUAGUUGCAGCACGCCGCUGCGAGGUAAAUCCAAGGGUCACUUGAAGAACUCAGUGUCCAAGAUGAUAAACAAAGUAGACAAUCGAUCGACCAGCAACUCACAGGAUGAGGACAAUGACGAUGAUGAUGAUUACGACAGCAAUGCUACCAACGACGAUAGUGAUGCCAUUAACAUUCAGAAUAAGUCACGGGAGCAGGCUAUGAUUAAGGAUCUGAUUGAGGCCAAGAAAAAGCGAUAUGAUUCUGCCAAUCAGGAUGGGGAACACAAGUCAAAAGGGUCCAACAAGACAGCUAGCAAGGCAACCAGCAAGACAGCCAGCAAGGAUGCCAGCGAGAUUGAGGACAUUUGGAAGAACAAUAGCACGGAAUACAAGCCCGCUUCGCCCCAAUACGUCUUAAGUCAGUUUGGCAAGGAUGUCUCUAAGGCCAUCAUUAACAAGUUCAUCGAUCAUGAUGGGUCUGGCACCAGCAGCUCAGUCAAGGUACAAAGCAAAUUCGCAGUAACGCCCAUCAAAUUGCCAAAAAAGAAUAUAGCCCGCUUGGAGGUGGCAUUCGAACAGAGCGCUCGUAAACGUUAUGACGAGGCAGUGGCGGCCGCUGCUGCGUUAGUGGGUACGCCUAGCAAGAGCAGUGCCUCCAGUGGGGACUCGGACGAUGAGAGCAGUGACGAGGACAGCGAUUCGGAUGAUGAUGAUUCGGACGGGGAGACGGACGACUACUCAGAUGCCGUGGGAGAGGCGCAAAAGCGUCUCACUGGUGGUGCUGAUAGAAAACGAAGUGCAAGUUCCAGUUCAGUGUCCGAUACGGACACGCUGGUAGGGAAAGAGGGUACCAUAGAAACGACAGGAUGGGCUGAGGCACGGGGUGAAACGAAGAAAACCGAUGGCAAGCCGACGGCGGUGACUUCUGCUGGGUCGCCACGUCGAGUGUUGCCAAUGAGUGGUCCAGCGCCUGGACCGGGAGAAGGAGUAGCGGCGGUGGUGAUACCAUCCGUGGCUCCAUCAUCGCCCCGACGUAAAUUAACGUCGCAUCAAGCAACGAUUGCUGCAGCCAAUGCCCAUCGGGCUAAAAUGGCAAAGACAACAGAUGUGAAUCCAGGAAAUUCGGGAAAUGCGGGAAAUUUAGGAAAAAGCACAAGCCAUAGCACUAUUCCAAAGCGGCCGUCUCGCUUUUCAAAUCAAUGCACGCAAACUGCAACCUCAUCAACCCUAACAUCAUCCAUGACUAACAAUGAGAGCACCACAUCUCAAUCUCUCUGCUCUGAUUAUACCCAAUUGCAGUUCAGUCGCUCGGCAGUGGGCGGUGCCAAAUUCGUGACCAACUGCCAUCCCAUGAAUGCCGAGGAGUACGACGGCCUGGAAUUCGAGUCGCGUUUCGAGUCCGGCAAUUUGGCCAAGGCGGUGCAGAUAACGCCCACCUACUAUGAGCUGUACUUGCGACCCGAUCUCUACACGAGCCGCUCCAAGCAGUGGUUCUACUUUCGCGUACGCCGUACUCGUCGCAACAUGCUCUACAGGUUCUCGAUUGUCAAUCUGGUAAAAUCGGACAGCCUGUACAACGAUGGCAUGAGGCCGGUGAUGUACUCGACACUUAGUGCUAAGGAGAAAAACGAAGGCUGGCGCCGCUGCGGUGACAACAUUUGCUAUUAUCGCAAUGAUGAUGAAAGCUCUAGCAAUACUAAUGAGGAGGAUGAGGAUAACUCUAGCUAUACGCUAACAUUUACCAUUGAGUUCGAGUACGAUGAUGAUACGGUCUACUUUGCUCAUAGCUAUCCAUACACAUACAGCGACUUGCAGGACUAUCUUAUGGAGAUUCAACGUCAUCCUGUAAAAUCGAAGUUUUGCAAACUUCGGUUACUCUGCCGAACGCUGGCGGGCAACAAUGUCUACUACCUGACUGUGACGGCGCCCUCGGCCAAUGAGGAGAACAUGCGGCGCAAAAAAGCCAUUGUGGUAUCGGCACGUGUGCAUCCCAGCGAGACGCCUGCAUCGUGGAUGAUGAAGGGCCUGAUGGACUUCAUAACUGGCGACACUACAGUGGCCAAGCGAUUGCGCCACAAGUUCAUAUUUAAGCUAGUGCCGAUGCUGAAUCCCGAUGGCGUUAUUGUCGGCAACACCCGCAACUCGCUGACAGGCAAGGAUCUAAAUCGUCAGUAUCGGACGGUAAUACGCGAAACCUAUCCAUCCAUAUGGUAUACAAAAGCCAUGAUUAGAAGACUGAUUGAGGAAUGCGGUGUGGCCAUGUACUGUGAUAUGCACGCACACUCACGCAGGCACAACAUAUUUAUAUAUGGCUGUGAGAAUAAACGUAAUCCGGAGAAGAAAUUAACAGAGCAAGUGUUUCCGUUGAUGCUGCACAAGAAUAGCGCCGAUAGGUUCUCAUUUGAGAGCUGCAAGUUCAGAAUACAGCGCAGCAAAGAGGGCACUGGACGUAUUGUCGUUUGGAUGUUGGGUAUUACCAAUAGCUAUACGAUUGAAGCAUCCUUUGGAGGCUCCUCGCUGGGGUCACGCAAGGGCACACAUUUUAAUACGCAGGAUUAUGAACAUAUGGGUCGCGCAUUUUGUGAAACCUUGUUGGACUACUGUGAUGAGAAUCCGAACAAAGUAAAGCGACACGCCAAAUUAUUUAAGCAAAUCAAAAAGAUAAGAAAACGCGAGAAACGCGAACAGAAAGCAUUGAAAUUACAGAAAAUGGCCGAUCAGAUUUUAAAUUUACUUAAACAACAGGAAAGACUCCGCACAAAGAUUAUAGAAAGACUGAUGCGCGAGGGAUCAAGCGCCGAUGAGCCACUCAACAUUCCACUGUCGGAUUACUCCAGCGAUGAUGGCAACUGCAGCUCGAGCUCCGACAAUGAGGGUAAGCAUUCUAUAACGGCCUCGGAUCUGGAGGGUCCGUGCUGUGCACCCACGCGUGCUCCGCCCAGCUCACCGGAGAUUCUUCACGAGCUACGCAAGACCCCUCACGCACCUCCCUCCAACGAGCCCAUGCAGUUCCGUAUGAGGCGCAUGCGAAAGGUAAUGCACGAACUGGAUCGCAUCUACUUUACGCCCCUGUUCCAACGCAAAUUCAAGGCACUAGCGAAAAUCAAGCGGCGACGCAACAAGCUGGGCUCUAAGUCCAGUAAGCGAUUACGUGGCAGUAAUGCCCCACUAGUUCCCAAUGCGAAUGCCGACGUACAAGAGAUUCGUUCCGCCACUCAGCUAAACAAAAGAACCCGCAAGCUCAAUAUCAAGCAGCAGCAUUUGCAGAAACCACCAGCAGCCGCUCGUAUUUGCGAUAUGAAGAAUUCGCUUGAAGGCAGCUCGGAAAGCUCUGAAGGUAGCUCUCCAUCAUCGCACUCGAUCGAGGAGGCCGUGGUAGUGCCGGCAGAAGUUAAGGCUGUUAAGCAUCGUCUAAAAGGCGGCGGCGGCGGCAGCGGCGGCACUGCGAAGAAAGCAAAAAAGAAAAAGUUCCUGCCCACGGAAAAAGGGAAACCUAAGCCGCCAAGGAAAUUGCGGAUCGAUCGAAACUUCCGCUUCUGGUUGGCAAAUCGAAAGAUAUACAUAUGCCGGCGCAAGAAGAAUAAGCGUACGCGUGCACGGCCGAAGCCACCAAAGAAGAAUCGUGCCGAGCUGGUGCGCACCACUCUUGACCUUCCCACAACCGAUCCCGGCUCUGAUCUGCAUUUCUCUACGGACGAUGAGGAGCACGCGCCAGCGGGCAACACCAUCUUUGGUGCCGUGCCACCGUUACGACACACCUUGCUUCAGAGCGAUCUACAGCGUCGAUACAUUGAGGAAAUUGGCGACAUGGUUGUGCAAAAGCCGAAGCCGGCGCCCAUGCCGCCAGAGCUAAUUGUAACCACACCCUCGAAGAGUGGCAAAAAGUUGGAUGUGUAUAAGCUGACGCCUCGUACAGCCCCUGAACAGGACUACUAUUGUUCCGUGGUGACCGGCGGCAAGGGCGUUGGCAGCGGAUCUCGACGCACCUACUCCUGGCAUAAUCUUAAUCAAGAGACUGCUCAGACUAAUACGAAAACCCCCUACUAUGUAAGCCAGUUUUUGGGCGAAGGAAAGUCGCACAUAAAGACUGCAAAAGCGACGCCAAAACGCACCGUGCCGAGCAACUUUAUUCCCCAAAAACAAAAUCAGGCGAGCACAGCGGAUGAGUUGCAAAUGAAGCUGUCGCUUAAAAAGAAAAUCUGGACGGGGGCACGUGGUAGUGAAAGCGACGGACGUCCUCUGGGUAACUGGUACAAGGGCAGCAAUGCACAGACAGCCAAUGCUAUGGCUACAGCUGCGGCGGCUAUGCGUAGUGCGGGCGGCGGCGGUGGCGUCACUGGUGCCGCCGCUUCUGGUGUACGUCUAAUGUACGCCAACCAGCCAACGGCCAGAGAAAUGCCCUUAGGACCCGGAGGGACGCCAACGACUAUAACAACAGCGGCGGGGCCAACUCCUCCGCCCGCCUAUUUGGGCGCAGGACGCAAGUCCAAGAAACUGGAACAGGUGGAUCUGCUUAAUGCCUGCUCUCAGAAACUGUUGCUUUGGCAGCAGGGGGAGCACAAAAAGCAGCAACCUGUCCGCCUUGUUGGUGGCAAUAGCAGACUUGAGGAACAGCAACCAGAACAACAGGCAAGCACCCGCAACUAUAGGCCACAGGUCGGCGCCAAAAAGGGGAUGGGCAAUGGCGUCAAAAUGAUCUUCGACUCUAACCAUCCACAUGGAAAAAGCAAACGAAAGUCCAACAUGAUGAAAAUUGCAGAGACAACGCAAUUCGUCACCCGCUUUGCACGCACUCGAGGAGGCGGAAGCAACACCAUUGUCUCAGCCGGCACCACAAUGCAUCAACAGCAAGGGCAGCAGCUGCCGCUGACGCAGCGUAUGAUCUACAAGGGUUCCUCCAAUGGAAGGAUGCACUCAGCCAACGCUCCCAACCCCUACGCUUCUCAGCAACAACAGGCGCAAUUGUACCAACAACAACAGCAGUCCCGCGGCGGUCGCGGCCCCAGCAAGUUCAAGACUGGCGGUCUCGUCAUAACGGCCGUCCAGCAGAGCUCCACAGGAGCAAAUCGGAAGUUGCGCAACAACGGAAAUCCGCAGCUAAAAAGCGCAAGUGCAGUGGCGGCAGCUGCUGCGGCCAACAUGCUCCAAUAUCGUACCAAUAUGGCCCAAAUAACCAAACCGGCAACGGACAUGACGCUGGAGACGGUUAGUCUGGUACGUAAGGUGAAGACGAAACUGAAGAAGCGCAAGUCACGCACACAAAUGAAGUGAUUCGGUGGUUGCAGCCCUACCAUCUUAUCUCCCUCAUAGACAAGGACAAACACACUAACACAGCAAUUCCCACUUUCAACACAAUGACAACGACAACUAAUAACUAACUGCAGCCCCUCAGCCCAAUUGUUUAUCCAAAAAGCAUGUUUUAGUGUAAAUUUCUGUUUUUACCAAAAUUUUAGUCGAAUUUGUUUGUUGUGAACUGGACGUCUAAUUUCCAAUUCGGCGACCAGUCACAAUUUAUAUUAGCUAAAUUAUUGUGCAUGUACAAUGCUAAUGUGUAAGUUAUAAGUACAUAUGUAUGUAAAAUAUGGAAUAAUGAUAGCAAUACUAGUACUAAUGUAAGUACAUACAUACAUCUGAAA